AACUCACAGCGCGUGCGGGCAGAGAGAAGGGCAAAAGCUGCACGAGAACUGCGGCGCAUGCGCAGUGCCCGGAUCUCACACUAGGAGGAAGUAGCACAAUCUCUCAGUGCUGGUACCUCAUGCACCUGCCCCCUCGGACCUGCCCCUCCAUUGCUGAGCUCAGGAAAGUGAAACUACUCCUCUUCCCCAGCCCAGAGGCAGCCAUGGCUUUAGAGAGCCCCAUGCAAAGUUUCUGGGAGGAAGUGACAUGUCCUGUCUGUCUGGAGGAUUUCACAGCCCCUGUCACUCUGGAGUGUGAGCACAAUUUCCGCCAGGCCCCCCUCAGCCCUCAAUGCAGAGGCACUGAGCAGCAGGGACCCCUCCAGCCCAAUCAGCAGCUGGUAAAGGUGGUGGAACUAGCCAAGCAGCUGAGUUUCCAAGCAGCAAAGAGAGCAAGAUGGGACGGGAUGUGCGAGGAGCACCAGGAGGCUAUGAAGCUGUUCUGUGAAGAGGAUCAAACUCCCAUCUGUGUGGCGUAUGACAGAUCCCAAGCUCACAUGGUGGUGCCCUUACAAGAAGCUUCCCAGGAGUACAAGGAAAAAUUGGAGGCCCAUUUGAAGGCGCUGAGGGAAGAGAGAGAAAAGCUGCUGAGAAGGAAAACAACAGCAGAAAGGAAAAGCCAGGAGUAUCUCAAAUGGAUCCAAGUUGAGAGUCAGAUGAUUGUGGCUGAGUUUCAUCAGCUGAGGCAGUUCCUGGAGGAACACGAGCUGCGACUCCUAACGCAGCUGGAGAAGCUGGAUGAGGAGAUUGGGAGGUUCCAGGCUGACACUUUCAGGAAGCUCUCCAUGCAGAUUUCUUCCCUCAGUGAGUGGAUCGGUGAGCUGGAGGAGAUGUGUCAGAAGCCAGCAAGUGAAUUCCUGCAGGACAUCAGAAGCACCCUAAGCAGGUGUGAGACAGGGGAGUUCCAGCUGCCAGAGGAGAUUUCCCCUGAACUAGAAGAACAAGUCAGCAGUUUCUCCCAGAAAACGAUUGCUCUGUCAGAGACUCUGAGGGAGUUCAAAGAUACUCUGCCCUCUGCACUGGAGAGAUCAAGAAGAAAAUCCCUGGGAGCUUUCAGACAAGGCUGCAGAACACCUAUGUCUGUCUCCAGCUCAGCCCCUGGCCUACAGAGCCAGGGACAGGAAGUGGAGCCAGUGAGCUUUGAAGAAGUGGCUGUUUAUUUCUCUGAGGAUGAAUGGGCUCUGCUGCACCCGGCCCAGAGAGCCCUCUACGGCGAUGUGAUGCAGGAGAAUUAUGAGUCUGUGAACUGGCUGAAAUUUCAAGUCUCCAAAACUGAUGUGAUCUCCUGGAUGGAGUUAGAGGAGGAGUUGCGGGUCCCAGAUCCCCAGAGCUGUGAGGAAGGGGAGAUCAUCAGCAACACCCAGACAGGUGAUGGGAUGCUGACCGAGAACUGUGAUCUUGUGCAGCAGGAGGGAUCGGAGCAAGUGUCUCCAUGUGGGAUGUUAUUGGGAAAAUCUGAAGGGUAUGUUUUCCAGAUAUGUGAGAAAAAAGAGAACUGUGAGAGUCAGCAUAGCCCAGAAAGGCAGCAGGGAAACCACCCAGGAGAGGGACAGGGUAACUCCAGUCACAGGAGCAGAGGGGAGAAAAGAAACACAGAAACCCCUCAACAGGAAAUCCCUCAUCAACAGUCACCCUGCAUUUGUAGUGACUGUGAAACUCUUCUUGAACAUCAAAGAGCCCACACAGGAGAGAAACCCUUCAGCUGCUCUGACUGUGGGAAAAGCUUUAUAGGGAGCUCAGACCUUGUUCAUCAUAAGAGAACCCAUACAAGAGAGAAACCCUUCAGCUGCUCUGACUGCGGGAAAAGCUUCAGUGAAAAGUCACACCUUGUUAGACAUAGGAGGAUCCACACAGGAGAGAAACUUUUCAAUUGCUCUGACUGUGGGAAAAACUUCAGUGACAAGUCACACCUUGUUAGACAUAGGAGGACCCACACAGGAGAGAAACUUUUCAAGUGCUCUGGCUGUGGGAAAAACUUCAGUCAGAAAUCACACCUCGUUACCCAUAGGAUGACCCACACAGGAGAGAAGCCCUGCAAGUGCUCUGACUCUGGGAAGAGCUUCCAUGAACACUCAGACUUUACGAACUAUCAGAAAAUACAUACAGGAGACACACCCCAUAACUGCUCUGACUGUGGGAAAAGCUUCAGUAGAAGCUCACACCUUGUUACCCAUAGGAGGACUCACACAGGAGAGGAGCCUUUCAAUUGCUCUGACUGUGGGAAAAGCUUCGGUAGAAGUGAACACCUUGUUAGACAUAGGAAAACCCACACGGGAGAGAAACCUUUCAAUUGCUCUGACUGCGGGAAAAGCUUCAGUGAAAAGUCACACCUUGUUAGACAUAGGAGGAUCCACACAGGAGAGAAACUUUUCAAUUGCUCUGACUGUGGGAAAAACUUCAGUCAGAAGUCACACCUUGUUACCCAUAGGAUGACUCACACAGGAGAGAAACCCUUCAGCUGCUCUGACUGCGGGAAAAGAUUCAGUCGGAGCUCAGAGCUUGUUACCCAUAGAAGGAGCCACACAGGAGAGAAACCUUUCAAUUGCUCUGACUGCGGGAAAAGCUUCAGUCAGAAGUCACACCUUGUUACGCAUAGGAGGACCCAUACAGGAGAGAAACCCUUCUGUUGCUCUGACUGCGGGAAAAGCUUCAGUAGAAACUCAUACCUUGUUAGUCAUAGGAGUACCCACACGGGGAAACCCUUCAGCUGCUCUGACUGCAGGAAAAGCUUCAGUCAGUGCUCCUGCAUUACUAGUCAUGGGACAGUACAUACAAGAGAGUCACCUCAUAACAGCUCUGAUUCCAGAAAAGGCUUCAAACACAGGUCAGACUUCGUUAAACAUACGACAACCCACAGAGGGGAGAGAACCAUUCAGCUGCUCUGACUGUGGGGAAAGCUUCAGUCAGAGCUCAAAUCUUGUUAGCCUUCGGAUGACCCACAGAGGGGCGAAACGUAUAACCUGAGUUCCCUUUAAGCUGUGUGGCCAGGUGGCUGUGCCACAGCCUACUAAAUGCCAUGUAAGCUCAUAGGGCUUUGGUGGGGAGGGAUACCGUUACCCAGUGGUCUCAACCCCAGCCCACACCUGCCGUGGCCAGAGUACAAUUGACUAUCCCACGGCCUUAGCCCCAGAGCUACCAUGGCAGGGAGAGGUGUGUUUUCCUCCUCCCUGUUCACAGUAGCACCUAAGUUGGGGGAGUGAGAGGUUAUGGAAUUCUUUCCUCAAUGUAGCCUUUCAGUGGCCUGCACAUCAGUCCCCUCCAUCUUUGAGAUCACACCCCCAGCUGAAGCCCUCAACCAGUAUUCGCUCUAAGAUUUUCCUUCCAGGAAUAGAGUGAGUAUUUUCUUAUGCACAAAGAGUGACAUCCUGUGUGCUUGUUUGGAUGUGUGCCACACACGAGUUAGUGAGCAUUUUUGCGUGCGUGCAUGUACACGCGUGCAUGCACACACACAAUUCAAAUGGUUUUGGAAGAAAAAUACUGAAACAAAGGAUAAUUAACAAGGUGCAUGUCCCUGCACACAUUGACCCUGGAAACUUCCCCGCUUGGCACCUAGUCUCAUUCCCACUCAGCCUUGCUCCACUGUUCCUGCAUCCAUGAGCUCCCCAUUCGCUGCACCCCUAUCCUGUGUAGCCUUUACCACCAUCCCUGCAUUGUGUUCCCUUUGCCCCUAACUUCUGUAGUGUCCUUUCAUCCCAACCCCUGCACUUUCCUCCCAGUCUAAUCAAGUCAGUGUAGUAAUUUGUAAACUAUAAAAAGGUAUGCCCCAUCCCUCACCAUUAACUCUAAAGCUCAUUCUGCAGCUGCAACUUAAUGACAUUCAGAAGAUGAAUUUAGGAAUAUCACCAGAAAAUUUCAUCCAGGUGUUUUUUUUCAGUCCAUAUUACUACACUGUAUAUAGGGCAUAUAAUCUAUAAUUAGAUUAUUUCUUAAAGUAUCUGCAUGCUUUAGACCCCUUUGAAUCAUAGAAAAGUCCCUUUAAUAUGUCAUCAUCAAUUGCAUAUUGAUUUAGCAUGAACAGAAAAUAAUCAACGUCCAUUAAGAAAGUUUUUGUUGCUUCUAUGCAAUGCGUGUGUGAGAGAGUGUGACUGAGAGAAAUAACUUCCAUGGGGAGAAAAAAAGUCAUUGGCACAAUCAGCACUAGUGAUGUAGUUGAUGCCUUCACAAGUGACAAGACUAUUGUACGUCAGAGAUAAUUGUUCUUCUUGACAUGGUUUAGGCUCUUAAAUAUGAACAGAACAUUUUUCUAGUCAUUUGCCAUCUAUUUUAUCCCUCAAAUAACCUGCAGAUUUACCUUUUGAGAUCUGGAACCAGACCUCCUCACCACACAGCCCUGGUUGCUAGAACAGGCCAGUCCCUCACCAUCAUGUGCCUCUGGGUCUGGCCUUGGCUGCAGGCUGUGGCUGAGGGCACCAAAGCACACACUGCUCAUGACACAGUUACGGCUCUGGUUCCAGCUGGGCUGCUGGAGCAGAUUCCCACUGUGGCUCUUGCCCUGGCCCUGGCUGGGGCCACUAGAACAAGCACGGUGUGCCACUCAACCCACCCCAGAGCAGUUGAGUAGCCAUGGCGAGGCUCUGCUUUGGAGGUGAGUGGGCCUCAACCUUAGAGGGAACCAUACCCUCAACCCUCCACACUACAAAUCUCUAUCCAGUGCAUCAGAGAAGGGCAGACAGAUAAGCAGUGGCAAAUUUUUAAAGUGCUUCUACACAAAUGCUAGGAGUCUGACUAAUCAGAUGGGUGAACUAGAGUACCUCGUAUUAAAGGAGGAGACUGACAUAAUAGGCAUCAUU